AUACUUUCAACACUUGCUCUCAAAAAUGAACUGUUGAGAGAACUAUUCUGUACUUAUUAUAACGUUCUUUUGUUUUCUGAUGCAGUUGGAGGAGUGUGGGCAGUGUAUCCCUUUCUCCUUACAUUCAGUCUUUCUGGGAUUACUCACUGCAUUAUAACAGCAAUCUUGUCCAUAUCCACGAUUUCCUUUUUCAGCCUGGCGGCAUUUAAGUGUGCAGGCACACCCCCAAAUAUAUUGUGGGGAAGCUACCCUACUGUUGGGAAAGGGGACCUUGAAAACUACACUUUCUGUCACUACUGCUCAAAACCAAAGGCACCUGGAACUCAUCAUUGCCGUUCUUGUGAAAAGUGUAUUGUGGACAUGGAUCAUCACUGUCCCUUUAUUGGGAACUGUGUUGGCGCAGCUAAUCACCGUGACUUCAUUGCCUUCCUUAUUUCGGCUGUGGUCAGUACCCUAUAUGUUUCAAUCAUGUCUGCAUAUGCAAGCUUUCUCAUAUGGCCAUCUGUGAAAUACUCCUCCCUUGGGGGCCUCAAAGGGAUUACUAGAAGAGAUAUGGUUUGGAGAGCCAUGAAUGAAAUUAUUUCUGCUCUCCUCAGAUCUGUUCUGCUUCUACCCACAAGGGGACUUGUUCUUGUCUAUCUGUUUUUUUCGAGCUUUUCCGUGCAAAUAGGAUUGAGCGUUCUUCUGUGGCAGCAACUUUCUUACGUAUAUGAGGGGAAAACUUAUUUGAGCCACCUCAGUUCACAGGCAGAUAAAUCGGAAGGGAAGAAAGAUUGUCAAAAUUUUGUUAGAUUCUUUGGUUUCCCAUAUUAUAUAGCAAGAUUUUUGCCAAACUUUCGUAUGGGUAGGAAAAAGCACACAAAGUGAAACUGGCACAAUUAUGUAAUUUUAUAAAAGGCUAGUUGUCAUUCUUGUGAGAGUUCAUUUCACAGUAUUCUAAUUUUUGUUUAUAAAUCUAUGUCAGAUUGCCACUGUAUGAUUGAAAUCCCUUGUUGCCUCUCUUAAAUUCCAAAUUUAAUUAUGUAAAUAAUGAUUGUAUUACUCAUAGCAUAUUAUUUGUUUUUUAUAGCAUUUUUUGGCUAAUGAAUGAAAUGAUUCAUUCAUCUUA